AUGGAGUGCAAUAGAGAUGAGGCGCUUAGGGCAAUGACAAUUGCUGAGGGGAAGUUUGAAAAUAAGGAUUUUACUGGUGCUAAAAAAAUUGCCUUGAAGGCACAAAUUUUAUAUCCAGGGCUUGAAGGCAUUUCUCAAACCUUGACAACAUUUGACGUGUACAUUUCUGCAGAGAAUAAAAUAAAUGGGGAAGUAGACUGGUAUGGAAUACUUGGUUUAAACCCCUCUGCCGAUGAUGAAACAAUAAAGAAGCAAUACAGGAAGUUGGCUCUCGUGCUUCACCCUGACAAAAACAAAUCUGUCGGUGCUGAGGGUGCAUUUAAGUUUCUUUCAGAGGCCUGGAGCCUGUUAUCUGAUAAAGCCAAGAGGUUGGCCUAUAACCAAAGGAGGAGUAUUAAUGGGUUUCAACAAAAAGUUCCGAUAAAUGCUAGUCGUCCAGCAGCUCCACCUAGAACAAAUGGAUAUCAUAAUUCCGCAAGUAAGACAACUGCUCAAAAGAACCAGAACAAUAGAGCAAGGGUGGCCUCCACAUCUGUUCCUACUCCAUCCCACCAAAGAGCUGAUACUUUCUGGACCAUUUGUCAUAGAUGCAAGAUGCAUUAUGAGUAUGUUAAGAUGUAUCUUAAUCAUACUCUUCUUUGUCCCAGUUGCAACAAGGCCUUUCUGGCUUCAGAGACAUCUUCACCAUUCGGCUUUUCCAAAUCAUCAAAUUUAGCUUCUCGACACCGGCAUCAGAAUUCAAGUAGUCAUGCAAAUAGUCAAAGUCAUUCUGCUCAGGGAAGAAAAGUUGCUGGUGCUCAGAAAUCAGGACCUGGACACUCUGGUUCGAAUUCUUCUAGAUAUGCAAAUUUCCUGCAGAAUUCGGUUCCUGGAAAUGCGACAAAGGCAACAGAUGGUGUUCAGCAGGCACAGGAGAAAAUGAAGAGAGCAUUUACUGAAUCACACGUCACUGGUGGGUUGGAUGGAGAGUGUAGAAAGAGAAAACUAGAUGAUAGAUAUCUAAAUGGAGUGAACUAUAACAUAACCCAGGGCACAGGUGGUUUUGGAAGUUCAAGUUCAUCGGGGUCAAGGAUCUAUUGUUCUGGCAGUAACAGUCAGCUAAACAGCAGUAGAGAGCUGACAUGGCUAGAAAUUCGAAAAAUGCUCAUGGGAAAAGCUCAAAAGGAAAUUGUAAAGAGGUUAAAUGAAUGGAGAUCAGAGGCCACAGCUAAAGCUGCAGAUAAAGUAAAAGAGAAUCGAAAAGAGUACCAUAGACAGAAAUACAAUAGCACCGUUGAUAUUAAUGGACGUGAUCAUAAUGGGAACAGUGUGCUUUCUGCUACUAAUAUAAGAGAACAAGCACAAACAGGUUUUGUUAUCUCUGCGACUGAUAAUUCAGAUCAAGGGGAUUCUGCAGCAGCAUCAAUGAAUGUUCCAGAUUCCGACUUUCAUGAUUUCGACCAGGAUAGAAAUGAAAGUUCUUUUGGAGAUAAUGAGGUUUGGGCUUCUUAUGAUAAUGAUGAUGGCAUGCCACGCUUCUAUGCUCUUAUUAACAAGGUGAUUUCAAGGAAUCCAUUUAAGCUGAGGAUAAGCUGGCUUAAUUCAAAAACUAACAGUGAAUUUGGUACUGUAGAGUGGGUAGGCUCAGGUUUCUAUAAAACGUGUGGGGAGUUUAGGGUUGGAAAAUACGAAACAUGCAAAUCUAUUAAUUCUUUUUCUCAGAAGGUUAAUUGGUCAAAAGGCCAAUAUGGGACUCUUCAAAUAUUUCCCAAAAAGAAUGAUGUUUGGGCACUAUAUAAAAAUUGGUCGCCCGAUUGGAAUGAGCAUACCCCUGAUGCAGUUGUCCACGAGUAUGACAUGGCGAUGGUGCUUGAUGACUACAAUGAGGAACAUGGUGUCUCUGUUGCUCCUCUAAUUAAGGUGGUUGGUUUUAAGACUGUAUUUCAGCCAAAUUUGGAAUUGGAAAAGGUUAAGAGGAUACCUAAAGGAGAAAUGUUUCGAUUUUCUCAUCUGGUCCCGAGCCACUUGCUUACAGGCCAAGAAGCACAGAAUGCUCCAAAAGGUUUCUUGGAGCUGGAUCCAGCAGCUACCCCAUUGGAACUUCUUCAAGUUUUAAUGGAAACUAACAAGUGA